AUGUCUCCUUACCAACUAGUAUAUGGAAAAGCUUGCCAUUUGCCACUGGAGUUGGAGCACAAGGCAUUCUGGGCCUUGAAAAUCUUGAACUUGGACAGCAAAGCUGCUGGAGAAAGAAGGAUGUUGCAAAUUCAAGAGUUGGAAGAAUUCAGAGCUGAAGCUUAUGAGAAUGCCAAAAUUUACAAAGAAAGAGCAAAGAAGAAGCAUGACAGCAACAUAGCCCCAAGGAAAUUUGAAGAAGGACAAAAAGUAUUGCUCUACAAUUCUAGGCUGAAGAAAAUUCUCACUGAAGGUUUCUCUCCGGGAGAUGAAGUGAUAUCAAGUCAUUAUCUGCCAAUGCCACCUGGCCUCAAAACCAUUCCUUCACAGCUUCCUCAAGUGUUCACAAUCAGGAAAGUUCUUUCUAUGGAACAUUUGGAAAUCAUAAAGGAAUCAAAUGGGGACGUUUUCAUAGUGAGAGGAGAAGACAUCAAGCACUACAAUCCACCCUAA